UACUGUUUAUAGCUUACAACUUUGAACUGAACAAAAUUAAUUCUAUUUGUUUUCAUGUAUUACAUUUUAUCUUCAUUUUUGUUAUUUUAUUCUAUGUUAGAUUAGGUUACACGAGGGAGUAUUUCUGCUAAGUAUUCAAGUGCUUUCACCUAAUUAUGUUUUCAUUUUUAAGGCAAUUUUAACCGUUUAUUAUAGAAUUUUUUUGAUGCUAAACUAAUUAGUGGACUAGGAUCUGAUUGAUUUUCUUUGUUUUUGGUGUCUGCUCGUAAAUAGUGGCUGACACGGAGUAUAAAUUCUGGAGUGUCUAAAAGGAAUUUUGUUUUACCCAAUCUCCAAAAAUUGGCUACGAUGUUUUCAAAAUUUCCUGCUCGAUUAAUGCUAUGGUAGCAUAUGAGAUGCUAAUGUGGAGUAGGAAGAAGAAAACUGCAAGUAACAGUAGAAUAAUGGGUUAGCAUUUGAAGUUGGAACGGAUAUUAGAGUUUAGGGUUUGUAGAAAGCUUCUAACUUCAAUAAUUUAUUGGUAGCAUGUCUCCUAAAGCGGCUAACAAAAUCCAUACUUGCCCAUUAUGCUAGUAGUUAGAAAAUCCUCAAUCCUGAUUCUUACAACGAAAAGAUAAUCGGUGUAGAUUUUUGGUGCAAUGCAGUACUAUAGUUGUGUUUGGGUUCCGAGUUUUUGUGUAACGAGAAUGAUUAGUUAUGAAAUAUGGUGCACAGGCCAAAGAAUGGAGCUACUAGCAUAUGAAUUUAUAUAUUUGUUAAUAUUUGAAAGAUUGUGAACUUAAGCUUGUGCUUGUGAAAUCUCUUAACUUGGUGAUCUCUCCACUUGCCAAAUAUAGUUGAAUUUGACAAAUAUUGUUGAAUCAAGGAACAUCAAGAUUAUAUUAUUUGUCCUGAUUGUGAGAGGAAACUUAAAAUCUGAAAGCAAGCAUUUUAAGUAUUAUUUCAGUUUGCACUGUUAAAACUUUGUUGAUUGAUAUUUCCAAUCAAGAUCACAUUUUAGCUUGUGGUUUCUUAUAUAUUUUUCUAAUUCCCAGGUCCGAAUUGCCUAAAUAUAUGACCCCGACAGAAGUAGAAGCUCUUAUUUUCACCUUAGUAAAUUAUAUGACCUUAGCAGCAGUGAGCUAGUCAAAGAGAUGCUGUCAACUUGCAAUUAGCUGGAAUGAAGACCUUACAGGUUUGUUGCAUAACAUAGUGCACAAGAACAGUCCUCCACCCAAGUUUCGCAGGAUUCCCAAAGUGAGCAGCAGAAUAAUCACAAUAUAGAGCCGCCAGUAGCAGACUCUGGUUCAAAAUCUGCCUCAAGCAAUGAUAGCAGAAAGGUUUCACGCCAAGAUAUUGAACUUGUCCAAAAUUUAAUAGAACGGUGCCUACAACUGUAUAUGAAUAGAGAUGAGGUUGUUAAAACCCUCUUGACUCGUGCAAGAAUAGACCCUGGGUUUACAACACUAGUAUGGCAGAAGCUGGAAGAAGAAAAUGCUGAUUUCUUCAGGGCCUAUUACAUUAGGCUGAAAUUGAAGAAACAGAUCCUCUUGUUUAAUUAUUUACUUGAGCAUCAAUAUCAUCUAAUGAAGUAUCCAGUAGCUCCGAAAGUUCCUUUGGCUCCCAUACAAAACGGGAUUCACCCCAUGCCUGUUAACAAUCUACCCAUGGGAUACCCUGUCCUGCAACAACCCCCCAUGGCUACUCCUGGUCAACCUCAUCUUGAUUCAAUGGGCUGUGGAGUAUCAAGCUGUCAUGUGGUUAAUGGAGUCCCUGCACCAGGAAAUUUUCAUCCUAUUCGGAUGAAUUCUGGAAAUGAUAUGGUGAUGGAAAACAGUGCAACUGACACAACUCAUGUAGUGCCGCCAAGCAGUACCAUUUCAUCCCUGUCUGAGAUGCCUGUGAGCCCUACAUCAGUGGCGUCUAGUGGCCAUUUUCCAUUUACUGCAUCUGACAUGGCAGGAAUGGGGGUAGACACAGCAUUAGACACAACAUUUACAUCUGAUGUGGCAAGCUCAGUAGGAUUGCAGCUUGGACCAGAUGGUGGGGCUGGGAAUUCCAGAUCAUUGGAUCAGAUUCAAUGGAAUUUCAGCCUUUCUGAUCUAACGGCAGAUUUGUCAAACUUGGGAGAUUUAGGAGCUCUAGGAAACUAUCCCGGUUCCCCCUUUCUGCCAUCUGAUUCAGAAAUUUUGCUUGAUUCUCCAGAGAAUGAGGACAUAGUUGAGGAGUUUUUUGUCGACUCUGUCCCAGGGCCACCAUCCCAGUCAGAUGAAGAGAGGUCCUAGUGUGAGGUUAGGCCCAUCCUUGUUCUCUUUGAAAUUGUCAGAAUAGAGAGAAAUUAGAUGAAUAAAAUUAAGUGUUUGUCAUCUAUUUUUUAGGAUUUAGUUUGUCAUUAUCAACAAGUUUGAACAAAUUAGAAGUGUUCCAGUAAUGUAGUCUUGAUGGUAUUAGUAUGCUAAUAGGGGAGAGUAAUGUCAAUAGUAGUUGUAAUUCUCAGCUCAGAAAUAAAGAAGGCAAAUUGCAACUUCCUACA